UCAUCAACACGAGCCCAGAUCCUCGCUUCAUAAACAUCUUCCUGACCCGUGACGUCACAUCACUCCCGGUAACUCAACAUGAAUCCGCUGACGAAGGUGAAGCUCAUCAACGAGCUGAACGAGCGGGAGGCGGACCUCGGCGUGAAGGAGUCGGUGUCCUGGCACACGGAGUAUAAAGACAGCGCCUGGAUCUUCGUGGGAGGAUUUCCGUUCGAGCUGACUGAAGGUGACAUCAUCUGCGUGUUCUCUCAGUACGGCGAGGUGGUCAACAUCAACCUGGUGCGAGACAAGAAGACGGGGAAGUCCAAAGGCUUCUGCUUCAUCUGCUACGAGGACCAGCGCAGCACCGUCCUGGCUGUGGACAACUUCAACGGCAUCAAGAUCAAAGGUCGGACCAUUCGUGUGGAUCACGUUAAAGACUAUCGUCCUCCCAAAGACUUCGAGGACAUCGAUGACAUCACCAAGAACCUGAGGGACGAGGGCUGUGCUCCCAAAGCCACCAGGUCCGCCUCGUCUUCCUCCUCCUCUUCCUCCGAGGAAGAGGAGCAGUACGUCAUCCCUGUGAAGAAGCUGAAGAAAGACAAAAAAGAGAAGAAGAAAAAGAAGAAGAAGAAGAAGAAGGCAGAACGGGAGAGAGGGGGGCGGGUGUCCUCCUCUGCCUCUCCUCCUCUUCAUCCUCCUCUUCAUCCUACUCCACCCGCCGUCAGAGUCAAAGAGGAACAAGAGGACAAUGCCUACGACAAGUACAACCAGAGGGGGGCGCCACCAGGAGGACAAGUGAAUGGACCGAGAGUGGGGGGGGAGGCGGAGAGGAGGAGAAAUCAUGAGAGGGAAGGAGAGAGAGAGGAAGACAGGCAAAGAGAGACAGACAGAGACGACAGAAGAAGGGAGACAGACAGAGACUACAAAAGAGAGAGAGAGGGAGACAGACGAAGGGAGACGGACACAGACUACAAAAGAGAGGGAGAUAGACCAAGGGAGACAGACAGAAGAGAGAGAGACGGAGAUAGACCAAGGGAGACAGACAGAAGAGAGAGAGACGGAGACAGACGAAGAGAGACAGACAGGAGAGAGAGAGACGGAGACGACAGAAGAGAGAGAGACGGGCGAAGGGAGACGGACAGAAGAGAGAGAGAGGGAGACAGAAAAAGAGAGAUGGACAGAGACAGCAGAAGAGAGAGACGUUGAUAGAAGACAGAUGGUGAAGAGAGAGAGACGGAAACAGAUGUUUGUUUCCUUCAGUUUAAAACAAUUUUCUUGUUGGAUAAAAUUUUCUAAUAAAACCUUUUGACUCGA